AUGGCAGCUUUGCGCUUUGCUCCUGGCCUAGUUCGACUAGCCAACUCAUCUUUUCUUCGACUACAAAACCGAGGGCUGGCUAGCCUCAAGCAGCCAACUUCUCUGUUUGCUCCUCUCGAUGCCUUUCCGGAACGUCACAUAGGUCCUGACGACGAUGAAGCCUUUAAGAUGCUUUCUAAGCUCGGAUACGAUUCCAUGGAUGCGUUCGUGGCAGAUACUGUUCCGCCUAAGAUCAGGGUUUCCGCCCAUUCUGUCGAUGACGUUUCGAUCCCAUCAUUUAGUGAAUCAGAACUGAACGCAAGGGCCAAGCAACUGGGUGGUCAAAACAAGCCUUUUAAGAGCUACAUUGGCAUGGGUUAUCACUGCGCGGUUGUACCCCCUGUCAUUUUGCGUAAUGUCAUGGAAAAUCCGGCAUGGUAUACACCAUACACACCAUAUCAGCCCGAAAUUGCACAAGGUCGUUUGGAAUCUCUGGUCAAUUUUCAGACGAUGGUUAUGUCGUUAACUGCCAUGGACAUUGCGAAUGCAUCUCUUCUGGACGAGGCCACGGCUGCUGCUGAAGGAAUGGUUAUGGCCUUCGUAUCUGCCCCUAAAAAGCGGACGUUUGUCGUGGAUCAAGGAGUCACCAGUCAAACUAUUGCGGUUCUUCGUACCCGUGCGAAAGGUUUUGGCAUCAACGUGAUUGUAGGCGAUGCAUCUUCUUUGCUGGAAGAGACGCAGAUCCAGUCUGAUAUUUGUGGCGUACUGGUCCAAUACCCCGACGUAGAUGGAAAUAUCAAGAAUUUUGGAGACCUAGCGCAAACCGCUCAUUCACUGGGUGCUCUUGUCAUUUGUGCCACUGACCUCUUGGCCCUAACAAAGAUAAAGCCACCCGGUGAAUGGGGAGCGGACGUUGUUGUCGGAAAUUCUGCUCGAUUCGGUGUACCGGCUGGUUAUGGGGGACCUCAUGCAGCUUUCUUUGCAGUCACAGACAAACUAAAGCGCAAAAUGCCUGGAAGACUCAUUGGUCGAAGCCGUGAUACUCAGGGAAAUCUUGCCUAUAGACUUUCUCUACAAACUCGUGAGCAACACAUCCGUCGGGAGAAAGCUACUAGCAACAUUUGCACCAGUCAAGCCUUACUUGCUAAUAUGGCAGCAAUGUAUGCCGUUUAUCAUGGGCCUGCCGGACUUCAACGUAUCGCUACCAAGGUCCAUAAAUUCACGGAGGUUUUUAAAACUGCUGUCAUUGGCAUGGGUUACAAGCCUAUCAAUUCAACCUUCUUCGACACCAUCACUUUGGAAGUUUCUGCUGCUGCUGGCUCCGCUGAAAUUGUUCAUGCUAAAGCAACCGAUUCUGCAAUCAAUUUGCGACACAUCGAUAACAAUCAUGUUGGAAUUACUCUGGACGAAAGUGUCUCUCCGGCUGACCUGCUUGCCCUUGUGAAUGUUUUUGCUUCAGCGGCAUCCAAAACACCGUUGGCCUUAGCUGACUUACAAGAACCCGAAUUGUCAUCGAUUCCUGUUACUUUACAACGCACUUCCGAGUAUCUUCCUCAUCCUGUUUUCAACAAACAUCAUUCCGAGACUGAAAUGCUUCGCUACAUUCACCAUCUGGCAUCGAAGGAUCUGGGUCUCGUCCAUAGCAUGAUUCCUCUUGGGAGCUGCACGAUGAAGCUGAACAGCACUAGCAGCAUGAUUCCCCUUACUUGGCCGGAAUUCAGUUCAGUCCACCCAUUUGCACCUUACGACCAAGUUCAAGGAUAUCAUCAGAUCAUCAAGGAACUAGAAGACGAUCUUUGUAAGAUCACAGGGUUCCACGCAGCGUCACUGCAACCCAACUCUGGAGCCGCUGGAGAAUAUGCUGGUCUUUCUGUCAUUCGAGCUUAUCACGAAUCUCGAAAUGAAGGUCACCGUGAUAUUUGUUUAAUUCCUCUGAGCGCACACGGCACAAAUCCUGCAUCUGCUGCUAUGGCUGGCCUAAAAGUUGUCGCUGUCAAAGUGCAUGCUGAUGGUAAUCUCGAUCUCGAAGACCUGCAAACCAAGGCAGAGAAACACAAGGAUAAAUUGGCCGCAUUCAUGAUUACCUAUCCUUCGACGUUUGGUGUAUUCGAAGCUGGAGUUCAAGAUGCAUGCAAAAUUAUUCAUGAUAAUGGCGGCCAAGUCUAUCUGGACGGUGCCAAUCUUAAUGCCCAAAUCGGUAUCACAAACCCUGCGACGUGUGGAGGCGAUGUUUGCCACAUGAAUCUUCACAAAACCUUUGCAAUUCCGCACGGUGGAGGAGGUCCCGGUGUUGGCCCAAUAUGUGUUGCUGAACACCUUGCACCAUUCCUUCCUAGUCAUCCGGCCAUGCCGGUACGCGGUGCUCAGGCUAUCGAAGCCGUCUCAGCUGCACCAUUUGGUAGCGCAUCUAUCAACCUCAUUUCAUGGGCUUAUAUCAAAAUGUUGGGGGGGAGUGGGCUUGUCCAGUCAUCUAAAAUUGCUCUUUUGAAUGCGAAUUACAUGGCCUCUCGACUCCAAGACUACUACACUUUACGUUAUAAAAACGAAAACGGUCGCGUCGCCCAUGAGCUUCUAAUCGACCUUGCCGAAUUUGAUAAAGCUGCUGGUUUAAAGGAUUAUGGGUUCCACCCACCCACCUGCUCGUGGCCAAUCCAAACUUGUAUGUUAAUCGAGCCGACAGAAUCAGAAACUCUGGAUGAACUCGAUAGGUUUUGCGACGCUAUGAUAUCUAUUCGCAAAGAAGCUGAGGACAUUAUUACUGGCAAGCAGCCUAAAGACAACAAUCUGUUGAAGAAUGCACCACACCCUGUAUCUGUUGUUAUCGCGUCUGACAAAGACUGGAAUAAACCAUAUAGUCGUGAACAGGCUGCGUACCCUUUACCUUGGCUGAAAGAAAAGAAAUUCUGGCCAACUGUCUCUCGGAUUGAUGAUGCUUAUGGUGAUCUUAAUCUUAUUUGUGACUGCCCAACGGUGGAAGAAAUGACUCAAUAA